AUGGGAUCAGAAAAAGAGAUGAAAGAAAAAGAUGAACUGUUGGAAGCUGGAGGAUCAGCAACGAAGGGCACUGCUGGAUUUGCCCUUUCUGUUUUCAACCUCAUGAAUGCCAUCUUAGGGUCUGGAAUUCUUGGCCUGCCGUAUGCCAUGGCGCAAAUGGGAAUACUCUCCUUUUUCAUUAUUUGCGGCACAGUGGCAGGGCUUGCGUACUAUGCAAUUCUUCUCAUGCUUGAUUUAUGCAAGCAAACGGGUGCCAAGGCGUAUGAAUCUCUUGGACAGAAGUCGUUUGGGAAUUUGGGCCGAUACUUGGUCGCUGCUUGUAUUAUUUGCCAGAAUAUGGGAGCAAUGAGCAGCUAUUUGUUUAUCAUAAAAGCCGAGGUUCCUUCUGUCCUGAAAACAAUGCUCUGCAACCCAGCCGAUGAAUUGUGCAAUUCUUACAUGAAUCCCGCCUGGUGGGCCAAUGGAACUCUCAUUCUGACGCUCGUCACUCUCUUUGUCAUCCUCCCCCUCUCUUCACUCAGAAACAUUGGCUUUCUUGGCUACACCUCGGGCUUCUCCAUCUCCUGCAUGGUCUUCUUCACCCUCGUCAUCAUCGUCAAGUACUUCCUCCACACCGAACCCUGUCCUCUUUUUGACGAUGCUGUUGCUAGCGGUGUUAUGCUCUAUUCCAACUACACGGCUGACGAUGCAAAUAUUGAUUCUUUAAAAGAUAAUUACUUGGAGCCAGCAAAUGCAUCGACUCUUCUGAAAACUGGAGUUUACAUUCCCGGCACUGAAGAAACCGCUGGACAUAUCGCCGCAGAAUGUACCCACUCCGCCCAUCUACCUGAGCAAUAUUGCAAUAUGCAGCCACAAGAAUGCUCCACCAACUUGGUUUACUUUACCGAUACCUCUGUCUACUCGAUGCCUACCAUGACCUUUUCCUUCGUCUGCCAUACCGCCAUUCUUCCAAUUUACGCCGAGCUCAAGUCGCAAUCAGCCGGCCAAAUGAAAAAAGUUGCUGCGACGUCUCUCGCCAGUUGCUUCUCGCUCUAUUUCCUCGCCUCGCUCUUUGGCUACUCGACAUUUUACAACUACGUUCAAUCUGAACUGCUGAUGACCUACAAUCACACCGAUCCUUCAAAUGUUCUUACUCUCAUUGUUCGAGCCUGUGUCAUCAUUGGCGUUAUUCUUACACUGCCGAUCGUUCACUUUCCUGCCCGAAGAGCGGUUAUCUUCCUUGCCAGGCCAAAAAAAGAUGCUGUCACCGAUUUUUCCUGGGCAUGGCACAUUGCCGUCAUGCUCCUGCUGAUUGGCACCUGUUUCACGCUCGUCGUACUCGUCCCUGACAUUCGUGAUAUCUUUGGCCUGGUCGGCGCCACCUCGUCUUCCAUGCUGGUCUUCAUUCUUCCGAGCUUGUUCUAUGUGAAGCUAGCGGAGGGAACAUACAAAGAUAACAAGAGAAAACUCUCAGCAAUGGUUUUCCUCGUCUUUGGAAUUUGUUUCAGCAUUCUCACGCUCUCCAUCAUCAUUUACAAGAAGUUUCAGUAA